AACAUAUGCAAAUACCUUUGUUUUGUGCCUUUGUAUCGCAGAUAUCUUUGUGGGAAUAUUUAACAUACCAAUGACAAUUGUUGCCAUCGUUACAGGAGUUUGGACAUUUGGAGAUGAGAUGUGUAUGAUAUCUGGAUUUGUCAACAUGUUGACACUGGUUGGGAGUGUCCUCUCUCUAUGCAAUAUAAGUAUCAAUCGUUACAUCAUGAUUUGCAGUACACAGAGAUACAACAAAGUAUAUAACAAGAAAAACACUUUAUUCAUGAUAUUAGGUAUAUGGAUUUUCUCUGCUUGCAUCUCAUGUCCUCCAGUAUUAGGAUGGGGAGUAUACACAUAUAUUCCAACCCAGUCUAUGUGCUUCUGUGAUUGGAAAGUAUCAAUAUCUUACACAUUAUUUAUGGUAGCAGUGUGUUUUGGAGGACCUUGUUCCAUCAUGUCAAUCUGCUAUGUAAGGCUUCUAUUAGAAGUUCGAAAAAGUAGAAAAAGAAUGGAAACAGGUACAAAAACUGACUUACCAGGUACUAGAUUGCACACUUCACAAUUCACUAAAUCAAAUAAGGAAACAGCAUUUGAUAAGAACAAUACACUUAAUGUUCCCGUUGAUAACCACAAAGCUGCACAUACCAGAAAUAAAGACAAAAUAGCAAAGGACAAGAAAGAUAAGAAACAAGAAGAUGAGAUAAAAUUGGCAAUUUCACUUCUGGUUGUCAUAGUAACAUUCAUCAUAUCAUGGCUUCCUUUUUGCAUAACCAUGUUCAUCUCAGUUUUCUCUGGCGAGAAUGUAUCAAGGACUGCAGAUAUUACUACACUGAUUCUAGGCUACGCAAAUAGCGCAUACAACCCUAUUAUUUAUGGACUAAUGAAUAAAAGGUACCAGGAAGGAUUCAAAAAAAUAUUUCACAGGUGUUCAAAAUUGAACAACUCUGUUACUAAUCACAG